GAAAGCUCCUGCAUACAUAGCCGACACGCCACCUACUGCAAAACCGAGCUGACAGCACAGGCGAUGCUGCCAGCAUUUCCAUUCCAUCGCCAGGCUGGGACUGAAUAAAGGCGUGUUUGUGUGGUAGUGUUUCUGUUUUAAAAGCCUCAAGCCAAGAAGAACAAGCUAAAAUAGCAUCUUCAGAAAUGGAGCGUAAAAUAAUCAGAAGAGAAAAAGAAAAGGAAUAUGAAGGGAAACACAACAGCCUGGAAGACACUGACCAAGGAAAGAACUGCAAAUCUACACUGAUGACUCUCAACGUUGGUGGAUAUUUAUACAUUACUCAAAAACAGACACUGACCAAGUACCCAGACACUUUCCUUGAAGGUAUAGUAAAUGGAAAAAUCCUUUGUCCAUUUGAUGCUGAUGGCCAUUAUUUCAUAGACAGGGAUGGACUCCUCUUCAGGCAUGUCCUAAACUUCCUACGAAAUGGAGAACUUCUGUUGCCAGAAGGGUUUCGAGAAAAUCAACUUCUCGCACAAGAAGCAGAAUUCUUUCAGCUCAAGGGACUGGCGGAGGAAGUGAAAUCCAGGUGGGAAAAAGAACAGCUAACACCCAGAGAAACCACUUUCUUGGAAAUAACAGAUAACCAUGAUCGUUCACAAGGACUGAGGAUCUUCUGUAAUGCUCCUGAUUUCAUAUCAAAAAUUAAAUCUCGAAUUGUUCUGGUGUCUAAAAGCAGGCUGGAUGGAUUUCCAGAGGAGUUUUCAAUAUCAUCAAAUAUCAUUCAAUUUAAAUACUUCAUAAAGUCUGAAAAUGGCACUCGACUGGUACUAAAGGAAGACAACACCUUUGUCUGUACCUUGGAAACUCUGAAGUUUGAGGCUAUAAUGAUGGCGUUAAAGUGUGGUUUUAGACUGCUGACCAGCCUGGAUUGUUCCAAAGGGUCAAUUGUUCACAGCGAUGCACUUCAUUUUAUCAAGUAAUUACCUGUCUUAUGAACAAAGACAACAAGCAUGCAGCCAGCAAGCAACGGAAAACCACAGCAUCAAAGGCAUCCCAAAUAGCGUGCCCAGCUAGCUCUGUACUACAGAGCCCUGCUGCUAAUCAAGUACUGUGAGCUAAUGGUAUGUAAAUUCUAUCGCUAAAGAUGUUCUUCUCUGGGGUGUUCCUGCAGAUUGGACUCUUCCACCUAAAAUGAAAACAGUAAUCUUCUAUAUUCUAUAAAUAAAGACUGAAUGCUUUUUGCUAUUUGUUUAUUUUUCCUUAAGCUGUCUUUUAAUCAGAAUGUCUUGGGUACUUGCACAAAAAACAAGCAUGUACAAUAUCUGUAGUGCAUUUCAAUAAAUGGUAAUAAAAUAUUUUAAGGGGCUUUAAGGUUUAAAAUCCUUUCUACUUAUGGCAGAAAUUUACAAAGAAACUGAACAGGUAAAAUUACCAGUGAAAGCAAAACAGAUGUGCAGAUCUACCUAGAGUAGAGCUAUAGUGAAACAAAAUGAGAAUGUAUAAAGCUGUUAAAGCUAUUGAUUUGAUUUUUAAUAGCAGGCACCAAAAGCUUAUUUACAAUUUCUGUAUCUCACGCUGGAAUUAUAGCUUAAUUGAUAAUUUGCUGAGAAUUCCUAGAAAACUGCUUGAUGACAAUAAAAAAUAAAUAAAAGCACUGCUAGCUUCUUUGCUUGUAUUAUAAUGAUAAAAAAGUUACAUAUGUCACUUUCAAAACAAGUAGUACACUUGAUGAUUUCACACAUUAUUAUUUAUGCACUGAUGUAAUUGACCAGAAGGCUAUAGUAACCCUGGCUGGUCUUAUGAGUAACAAAAAUAAGCAAA